AUGAAGGCAAACAGUGUGGGUAAAGGUUAUCAGGAGAACGAGGAAGUGAAAAAGUUGCACCACAACGUGUGUAGCUUGAUUGGUAAAUAUGAGGAGUUGGCCAAAAAGAUAGGAACGUCCUCUUCGGUCGAUCAGUUGCUGUUUAGCACAAAUCUACCAUUUUCUGCGAAAAUCAUGACGAUGCCUUUGACCGGAAAGUUUAAAGUCCCGUCGAUGGACCUGUAUGAUGGCUCAAAAGAUCCUGUGGAACACUUCGAGACUUUCAAAGCCCAUAUGACGCUUCACAGAUUCUCGGAGGAAAUUAUGUGUAGAGCUUUCCUUUUGACUCUAAAGGGAUCAGCGAGAGGGUGGUUUGGUGCACUACAACCAAAUUUCAUAGAAAGUUUUGAAAAAUUGGGCCUACAGUUCUUGACCAUGUUGAUGGCGAGUAGAAAGAGCAGGAGACCCACUGCAUACUUAUUGACUGUCAAACAGCGAGAGGAUGAAAGUUUGAAAGAAUAUUUGACACGCUUUAAUAAAACAAAGAUGACGGCCGAUGAUCAAUACGAGAAAAUCAUGCUAGCAGCGUUGCUGGGAGGUGUUUGGCCAAGGCACCCUUUUAUGGCCGAGCUGGCCAGAAAAACCCCUUCCAUUUUACGAGAGUUCAUGGACAGGACCGAUGAUUUUGUUAAUGCUGAAGACACCCUGAUUGCCUUAACCACCCAACAAGAAAGGAGUGAAUGGGAACAUAAAGGAGGACAGAAAAAAGACCGAGAUGGAGGUCCAAAAGCAAAAAAAGACCAACACUAG